GGGACACUCGUAUUUGACGUCAUACCUGAGCGACGCUGUCUGUACGGGGCCCGAAAUUGUGUGAUAAGUGGAGUAGUUGUCCCGGAGUAGUGCAGGUCCUGUAGGUCAGGCUGGGGGAACUACAUUGGUGUAGGAUUUGUUGACUGGUUUCUGGACUGGGAUACACAUAUUCGCUGUAAUUAAAUAUGGACUAGCAGUGACUAAGUUUCGGGAAAGCACCGGCCUUUCCUAUUCAUGUUACAGAACUGUGCUCAGGAUGAGGAGAUAGGGAAGCUGUGACUGUCGUGGCGCCGGCUAAUGACGUCAUCCGUGGCUGCUCGGGUUGUGCUGAUACUAUUGGAGGCCUUCAUCUGGAUUACACCCGGAUCGUACAGGAGAGCCCAGCGGGAGCCGGCCAGGGAGCAGCGCUGAGCGGACACUGCUGAUCGUCAUUGGGGAAGAGGCAGGGAGAGCCAUACAAUGACAUCCAGGAGAUGGUUUCACCCGAAUAUCACAGGUGUUGAAGCAGAAAAUCUUCUUUUGACCCGUGGAGUGGACGGCAGUUUCUUGGCACGUCCCAGUAAGAGCAAUCCUGGUGAUUUCACGCUCUCAGUAAGGAGGAAUGGAGCGGUUACACAUAUUAAAAUCCAGAACACAGGUGAUUACUAUGACUUGUAUGGUGGUGAAAAGUUUGCUACACUGGCUGAAUUGGUUCAGUAUUACAUGGAACACCAUGGACAGCUGAAGGAAAAAAAUGGGGAUGUUAUUGAGUUAAAGUACCCAUUAAACUGUGCGGAUCCUACAUCUGAGAGGUGGUUCCAUGGUCACCUCUCUGGGAAGGAAGCAGAGAAGUUGUUAACCGAAAAAGGUAAACAUGGAAGCUUCCUGGUUCGUGAAAGCCAGAGCCACCCUGGAGAUUUUGUGUUGUCUGUUCGCACAGGGGAUGACAAAGGCGAGAGCAAUGAUGGCAAGUCUAAAGUGACACACGUCAUGAUACGGUGCCAGGAUAUGAAAUAUGAUGUUGGAGGAGGAGAGAAGUUUGACUCUCUAACAGACCUUGUGGAGCAUUAUAAGAAAAAUCCCAUGGUGGAAACACUUGGCACAGUACUACAACUCAAACAGCCUCUGAAUACAACCCGUAUUAAUGCAGCAGAAAUUGAAAGUCGAGUAAAGGAACUGAGUAAACCUGCAGAAACGGCUGAUAAAUUUAAGCAGGGCUUUUGGGAAGAGUUUGAGACGUUGCAGCAGCAAGAAUGCAAACUACUGUACAGCCGCAAAGAGGGGCAGAGACAAGAGAACAAGAACAAGAACCGAUACAAGAAUAUUUUACCUUUUGAUCACACAAGGGUUGUUCUUCAUGAUGGAGAUCCUAACGAGCAAGUCUCUGAUUACAUUAAUGCCAAUACUAUAAUGCCUGAAUUUGAAACAAAAUGCAACAAUUUAAAACCCAAGAAACGUUAUAUUGCUACUCAGGGCUGCUUGCAGAAUACAGUGAAUGAUUUCUGGAGAAUGGUUUUCCAGGAAAACUCCAGGGUUAUCGUCAUGACGACAAAGGAAGUUGAACGAGGCAAGAGUAAAUGUGUUAAAUACUGGCCGGAGGAGUGUGCCCUCAAGGAAUAUGGAGUUAUGAGAGUGAGAAAUGUCAAAGAAACGCCAUCUCAUGACUAUAUAUUAAGGGAACUUAAACUUUCAAAAGUAGGACAAGCAAACACUGAAAGGACUGUAUGGCAGUAUCAUUUCAAAGCUUGGCCAGAUCAUGGAGUACCUACUGACCCUGGCGGUGUCCUGGACUUUUUAGAAGAGGUUCACCAUAAGCAGGAUAAUAUACAAGAACCUGGACCUGUUGUCGUUCACUGCAGUGCAGGAAUAGGACGUACAGGCACUUUUAUUGUGAUUGAUAUUCUCAUUGAUGUCAUCCGAGAAAAAGGUGUUGAUUGUGACAUUGACGUACCCAAGACUAUUCAGAUGGUAAGAUCGCAGAGAUCAGGAAUGGUUCAGACAGAAGCACAGUACAGAUUUAUAUACAUGGCUGUACAACAUUAUAUAGAAACCUUGCAGCGCAGGAUUGAAGAGGAGCAGAAAAGUAAGCGGAAAGGUCAUGAAUACACAAAUAUCAAAUAUUCCCUUACUGAACAGACAGGAGACCAGAGCCCUCUUCCUCCCUGUACCCCGACACCAUUGCCAACACCCACACUUCCAGAAAUGAGAGAAGAUUCUGGUAGAGUGUAUGAAAAUGUGGGCCUCAUGCAACAGCAGAAAAGCUUCAGAUGAACUGAAAUAUGAUGUCUCCUCCACAUAGACUGAAUCUAAGACUGAGAAAAGGCAAAAGAAAUGUGAAGACGAUGGGACGUAUAAGACCUGGCUUUUAAAGGCUGUGUCCAUUUAAAAAAUUGGUCUGAAAUCCAUAAACCGUUAAGAUUGCAAAUCAGAAGCUUUUGGAAUCCCUUCCUUCAAGUCCUCUCUGAAUCUCCCAAAUGUUGGAUCAGCGCUUUCUUCACGACGAAUCUUUAACUCUACAGUUUGACUGUGUAGAGUCCACAACACAGACUACAAAUAAGCUGGCCUAUUCUUCUCUUUUAUAGUGCCCCCUGUUUAAGGUAUUUGUGAGUCCACUGAGUGCACCUUAGUUCACUGGCAACACAAAGUAAUAAGGUGAUUGCUUACAUUACAACGGGAACAAUUUCUUUCUUCACAGUGCAGACUGUGACAAUAACAGUUUCUAACUAGACCAUAAUAAAAACCUCUGUAUUCAUGUAACUUUUUCAUGCUAAUGUGGAGAUGUUUUAAAAUGUGAAUAUCCACACUGUUGGCGUUCUCACAUAAUAUAAUGGUGCUUUCUUUUUCUUUGUCAUAAGACUUUCUUUAGAGAGCAGGAAGCCAGAAAUGAGUAUUAAAUGGACAAAAUGUAUAAUGCCUAGUGCCAAUUGUGACGAGUCAUGAGGAUGUGACUGAUGCCGAUUUAGGGGUUAUCUAUUGAUCACGGAAUGUUGUGCCAGUCACUAAAAUGCAGCGAUACACAGUGAAAAUUUAGAGAUGCACUUUACAAAUGGUUAAUGUUUAACUUGUUCUGCUUCUUGGGAAUGGCAAGGUUGUUGGGCCCAUUUAUCUUUCUUCAAACUGACCCUUGCUGAGUUAAGGCCUUAUGUCACCUGUUGCUUAUCUCUGCAAAAUGCGGCCCCCUUUUAACACUGAAUAAAUGCAGUGUUCUCAGUGGAAGGGGGCUGCUGCUUAAAAGGCUCAAGUUGUGCACCUUUACUAUAGCAGGACCUUAGUUAAGCAUUUCCUUAAAGUGCCUUUACAGUCACAGCCUACCUUCAGCCAGAAAGUACAUUAUUACUGUGAGGCCUAGUUUCUGUGCUCUGGGCCCCACAAGGUGAAUAUUGCACUCCUUUUUUUCAUUUUUUUUUUCAGUUACAUUCUUCUGCAGGUGCUUCAUUGUGGUGGUGUUCUCUUUUUUUUCCCCUCUUCCUUAGGUGUGUUUUGCCAAAAGGUUCCUGUAACAUGUUCUUUGAACUGUGUGCACCAAAUACAGGACCUUACCAGACUGGCUUAACCAAUUUCUAAAUGUGUGGAAUGUGGGUUGGUUUUGGCAAAACACACCUACCUACAAGGACAAAUUCCUGAGACUAAAACUUACUCAUAGAAUGCUGACUCUUUCCAGUCAUUGCUGCUUUUUUUUUUACCAUAUUGCCUUUAUGCUCUACAGAUGACUGAUGCUUGUAGAAUCCAUGAAUAUAAGCCCACAGUAAUAAGGACUUUAAGCUUACUUUUUCACAGUUGUAUUCCCAUUAUCCCCACCCUUUGAAUCGAUUAAUCUGCUAAUUUUAGUACUCGCUGUUCCUCGUUUAAAGGGGAACUCUGCGUAGCACUAUGCGACCGAAAUAAAGCAACAUAACCCAACCCCUUUUUUUUUUUUUCUUUUUUUUUUAGGAAAGCUACAAUCCUUUCUGAGAAUACUUGCUAGCUUUUAUGGUGUCGUCCAUGCCUGUAAAUUAGCAUAGAUACAGGGAUUUAACUUGUUACUCCUGUCAUGGAGGUGAUAUGUUUACACUGUUAGAUCCUGGACCGUAUAUUAUCUUCUUACCCAUUGCAACACAGGCAAAGUGUCAAAUCAGCAGCUACUUGUAUUAAGAUUUUCAGUUACACUGAAGUUCUUCUACAAACCCCCCAGUAAUAACUGCGCUAGCGGUUCAUUCUUAUAUGUACAAACUUGACUGAUAUAUUAUUAUGUAUAGGCCUAUGCAUUUUCAUUAAUUAUGUAGCAGUGUAGAUUGUAAGAUGUGCUAUGUAAGCCAUAACCACUUGAGCUGGAUUUUAAGCUACCCUAGGAUGUGAGUCAACAGUCGCCUGGUCUGGUCAAAAUUUGUCAGUCACCUCCCACUGACAAGCUAGUACCACUUCUUGCUCCCCCCUCAGACCUCUCCUUUGACAGUAUUUGUAAGCUCAACUAUGCCUGCAGGUAUUUUGAGUGCUUUCCAGUGGGCAUCCAAGAUUGUCUGCCUUGGUGUAUCUGUGAACUACUCAUAGUAGAGUCAACUGUUCUGUGAGUAGAAAUAAUAUUUAGCUAAGCAGAUAACUGGAAACCAAUGAUGAUCUGCGGCAUGGAUUUAAAAACCGUGAUAGCAGUUUCCUUCGCCAUAUGAAAGACUACUCAUGAUGCCACAGUCCUGCCACUUGAAAAUCAGCUAGCGAUUUUCUAGCUAGAAUGGACCUGAAUUUUAAAAUCCCUUCUUUAUAAUAACAUAGAGCAUCCUCUGAGCCUGCGCCAGCAUAGCACUGCCAUUGUUCAUUGGAUAUUAGCUUCAAUGUUCAUUUUCACCUAAUAAGCCUGUCAUUUUACUAUAUGAAGAUUUGAGAUUAUUAGGCUUUUCCGCCCGUAUCGGAUAUCAAAUCAUCUGAUUUGGGAAGUUUUUGUUUUUCCAAUAAGUCCAAAUUGUCAUCUUCACCCCAAAAUGCAAAAAUACUUUGAUUGGAAAGUUAGUAGCACUUUGAAAAUUGCUUUAUUUUAGCAUCACACCUUAAUAUUAACAACUUUGCAAAAUAAUUAGUUCAUUUGUUCUUGGAACGGUCAUGUUUUAAGGAGAUACUUCAGUUUUUUGUUGGAUUUUUGCCAGAAAUGAUUUCCUUUGCUGCAAAUGCACUGGAAUGAUUUGUCAAAAACAAAACCACGUGCUCUGAUAUAUUCAAUGUCCGUUUUUAAACUUUGAAUAGGUAUUUGCAAAAAAAAAAGUGGGUUAACGGUUGCAUCAUGGCUUUUUUUUUAUUUUAUUAUUAUUAUUAUUAUUAUAUUGAAUGGGUAGCCUAUGGUUACCCAGCAUGUGUUGCCAUAGCUCUUGGUAAUUUUAGUUUAAUGACAGUUAGUGGAUCUCAAACUAUGUAGCUAUAUUAUUAUAAUUUUUUUUAAACUGCUACGAUUGCAUCAAACUGUUCAUGCUUUCAUUUGCUAGUAGUGUGCCCCGUGCACUAAUUUCUAGAUACCAUCAGUAUAAUGAAUUUGAAUUGCUGAAUAAUGUUUAGAUAUAAAUGUGACUAUUAUGAAUUUUGGAUAGUUUGUUAUAUUAGGGAUGCUGUGCAAGGUUUAAACGACAUUUGUUAUUCUGUAUUUGCUUUGUUUGUACAUCAGUUUUUAAAAGGUACUGCUUUUUCUAUUAUUUUUGACCAAAACCAAGAAAUCCCCAUUGUAAAGAUACUAAAGUGACACAAGCUUAUUUUGAAA